AUGGCAAACAAAAACAAGAAGGCGGGCGCCAACCACUUCGCGCUCCUGGAGACCGACGACCCCGGCGACACGCGCCUCGAGCAGCCGCAGGCCGCACCUUCCAGCCUCACCCAAGAGCUCUUCGGCAGAGCCUACCCAUCUGCUUGGGAGAUCAUGAGGAACAGGCAGGAGCAGCAGUACAGCGCAUCGCCGGCGAACGCGAAAGCUCGGGCGGACAGCAAGAAGGGCGCGCAGGGGCAGGGCAGCAGCGCGAGGAAGCAGCAGGGAGGCCGCCACGCCAAUGGAGCGGCAGUCAAUGACGACGACGCCCCCGCGCCGAGGUUGUACGAUCUCGCUGAGUUCCCGUCCCUGAAGUAG